UUAUUUUUUAUUUAUAAUCAUCAAUUUUUAUCAAUUUAUUCUAGGCCAAAGGAAUGGGUUGUUCUAUGUCCUACAUCUCCCAAUCUCCUAUUUUAUCCCAAGAAAUACAACUAUACCAUUAAGAACGACUGUCCGGAGUCUCUUCCUCCAUUUGAGUGUAGUCACGGUUUCUUUGUGAUUGGUCGGAUUGAUCCUCCUCUUUCUGGUGUUUCUAUUACAGUAACAACUGGAGACAAUGAGUAUAAUGUAACAACAGAUGAUGAGGGCCAGUAUAAGGUUGGACCAUUGUCAGAAUCAACCAAAUAUACUGUGGUUCCUUAUUUAGAAGAGUAUUCGUUUGAACCAUUUGAUGAUGACCUACACUCCUUUAAAGCAAUAAAGAAAUCAAAACUUACAAUUAAAAUCAGUGAUCAUUCCACUCAGAAUCCUUUAGCAGGUGUAUUGAUAUCAGUGAAUGGUGAAGGCUUAAGAAACUCUACCACUACAUCAGAAGAAGGCUUUGUAGCAUACAGUGACAUUCUCCCAGGUCAAUACUAUAUAAAGCCUUUAUUGAGGGAGUUUGAAUUUCAGCCUCCAUCAAUGGUUGUUGAUUUGAAACAAGGAGAAGAUUUAUCUGUUGAUUUUAAAGCCUUUAGAGUUGCCUUUAGUUGUAGUGGUAAAGUCUUGUCUCUCAAUGGGUCUCCGUUAGAGUCAGUUAGUGUGGAGUUAGUUUCUCAAGUAGAUAAUGAAGGUCAUUGCAAGAGUUAUCAUGAUGCUGUACUCACUGAUAAGGAAGGACACUAUAAAUUUAGAGGCUUACAGCCUAAGUGUCAGUAUCAGCUGUCGUUAGCAACUAAUGAUGAAUCAAUGAUUGAGAAAGGGCUACCUGUCACUCGCCAUUUUACAUUAAGUGAAAAGGAUAUUGAAGGAGAGAGCUUUAUUGCAGUGCUAAAGAAUGAACGAGUUUAUGUAACUGGAAAUGUCAUCAUUAAUAAUUUGGACCUAUUAACUUACAUUACAGUUGGUCUGUACAGUGAUAAGUAUUUGGAGUCUCAAGUAUUUUCAGUAGGAACUGAUCCUAUUGGUUUCUUUCGUAUGCCACCUCUCCCUCGUAAUAAUUCAAAGCCAUAUUAUGUUCAGUUGGAUUCCAGUCUGUUAUACUCUCAGUCUUACAAGGUAUCUGUUUCUAAUUCAAAUGUCUCUCUAACAGCUGGGAGGGACACACAUGUCACUUUUAAUGUUACAGCCGAAUCAGUCCCAUUAGCUAAUGGUAACAGUUACAGAGGAUCUUUUGUUGGUAUUUUUGUGGCACUGAUAGUUAUAUUUGUAUUGGCAAAUAUUGACAAGAUAUUAGUAUACAUAAGAGGAAGUGGAACUGGAGGAGGCUUUAGGGGAAAGAGACAUUAAUGAAUUCUUUUAGCUCACAUAAUUUAUAUAGUGUCAAAAAUUAAAAUUUUGUUAUUGAUAUAAAUAGUUAUUAUAAAGUCACAUGAAUUAUAAUUUA